UCCGGCGGCGCGGUCCGCUCCUCUCCGGCCGCAGCUGCGUCCUCGCGCUUGGGGCGGCCAUGCAGCGCCGGGGCGCCCUGCUGGGAAUGCCGGGCGGCAGGAAGAUGGCCGCGGGGGACCUGGGCGAGCUGCUGGUGCCCCACAUGCCCGCCAUCCGCGUGCCCAGGUCGGGGGACCGCGUCUACAAGAGCGAGUGCGCCUUCUCCUUCGACUCCCCCAAUUCUGAAGGUGGACUCUAUGUGUGCAUGAAUACAUUUUUGGCCUUUGGAAGGGAACACGUUGAAAGACAUUUUCGAAAAACCGGACAGAGUGUGUACAUGCACCUGAAAAGACACGUGCGAGAGAAGGUAAGAGGGGCGUCUGGUGGAGCUUUACCAAAAAGGAGGAAUUCCAAGAUUUUUUUAGAUCUAGAUACUGAUGACGAUUUAAAUAGCGACGAUUAUGAAUAUGAAGAUGAAGCCAAACUUGUUAUAUUCCCAGAUCACUAUGAAAUAGCACUACCAAAUAUUGAGGAGUUACCAGCCCUGGUAACAAUCGCUUGCGAUGCCGUUCUCAGCUCAAAGUCUCCGUACAGAAAGCAGGACCCAGAUACAUGGGAAAAUGAAUUGCCGGUGUCCAAAUACGCCAACAACCUCACCCAGCUGGACAACGGAGUCAGGAUUCCUCCAAGUGGUUGGAAGUGUGCCAGAUGCGACCUGCGAGAAAACCUGUGGCUGAAUCUGACCGACGGCUCUGUCCUGUGCGGAAAGUGGUUCUUUGACAGCUCUGGGGGCAAUGGGCACGCGCUGGAGCAUUACAGAGACAUGGGCUACCCGCUAGCCGUGAAACUGGGAACCAUCACUCCUGACGGGGCAGGUGAGUGUGCCUUUACUGACUUGAGGACACACGCUGGCUUCUCUUGUAGUGCGGAGUUGUCCCGUGUUUCUUAUUUCCUGUCUGUGGCAGAUGGCUCAGAGGCACACACAUGUGUACUGGUGGAGACGUGGAGUUGGGGUGGGCAGAGCUGCACUGACUCCGAGGAGGACCUUGCUUCAGCCUCUCUGCUCUCAUUUGCCACUUGGUGUUUGACCAGGAGCUUUGCUUUCUCUCCACUUGAACUGCAGUAUUUUAAUGAGGCCCUGGCAUUUCCAGUAGUCAGCCUCAACCAGAGUUUCCGUCAGCACUUCGUCUGCCAGCUCUCAGGCGAGAGCGAGUGUGUGUCCACUUACGUGUCUGUGUUUGCGUGUUCCUCCUCCUCAGUUCAGCCAUUGGAAUGGCCGGGUGUGCCUCAGACAAAGUUGAUGUGCUUUUUGAACUGUAUUCACAAUUCUUACUGCCUUGUUUCAUUGACAUGUCCCCUUGUGUUUCCCAGAACAUCUCGCUUUGCCUCAUUCCCUGAAUACUUGGUAGUGCAGAUAAAGAAGUUCACUUUUGGUCUUGACUGGGUUCCCAAAAAAUUUGAUGUUUCUAUUGAUAUGCCAGACCUGCUUGACAUCAACCACCUCCGAGCCAGGGGGUUGCAGCCGGGAGAGGAGGAACUUCCAGACAUCAGCCCCCCCAUCGUCAUUCCCGAUGACUCCAAAGAUCGUCUGAUGAACCAACUGAUAGACCCAUCAGACAUUGACGAGUCGUCAGUGAUGCAGCUGGCCGAGAUGGGUUUCCCCCUGGAAGCGUGUCGCAAGGCUGUGUACUUCACUGGAAAUAUGGGCGCCGAGGUGGCCUUCAACUGGAUCAUUGUUCACAUGGAAGAGCCAGAUUUUGCUGAACCGCUGACCAUGCCUGGUUACGGAGGGGCGGCUUCUGCCGGAGCCUCUGUUUUUGGUGCUUCUGGAUUGGAUAACCAGCCCCCAGAGGAAAUCGUGGCUAUCAUCACCUCCAUGGGAUUUCAGCGAAAUCAGGCUAUCCAGGCACUGCGAGCAACGAAUCACAGCCUGGAAAGGGCGCUGGACUGGAUCUUCAGCCACCCUGAGUUUGAAGAAGACGGUGACUUUGUGAUUGAGAUGGAGAAUAACGCCAAUGCAAACAUUAUUUCUGAGGCCAAGCCUGAAGGACCUAGAGUCAAGGAUGGACCCGGAACAUAUGAGCUGUUUGCAUUCAUCAGUCACAUGGGAACAUCCACAAUGAGUGGUCAUUACAUUUGCCAUAUCAAAAAGGAAGGAAGAUGGGUGAUUUACAAUGACCACAAAGUUUGUGCCUCAGAAAGGCCCCCUAAAGACCUGGGCUACAUGUACUUUUACCGCAGAAUACCAAGCUAAACCUCAAAUGUAAAAAGUGGCGACAGGAAGCCAUACGCCUUUUUAAUUUGCCAAAAAAAA